GGCCCGAGUCACAUGGUUGAGUUCUUUGGUUCAGAGUUAAAAUGGGGUUUGGUGUAAAUCUAGAGUGUAUAGCUGUCAUAUAUCACGCUACCUCGUAAAAACGACACUCAGGAUUCUGGGCCAACAAAUCAGAGCGGGGGGAAAAAGGGAAAAAAAAAUAUGACUUCUUAUUAUGUGGACAGUCUCCUUUUCAAAUCUGCGCCGGUUAGGUCUCGGUUUCCGAUUGCAGAUCGAGCUUCUUGCGGGACUGGAUCCAGCGAGGAGGACCGUGGGACUGUGGCCAUUGGGUUUGCACCAUCCCUCUCUGGAGUUUACAGCGUCACCAACGCAGCGUUCCAGAGCCUAAACUCUGUGUUUACCUCAGGGUAUACCCAGGGAUGGGACGUACAUACUCAGGACUGCAGCGGCCCGUUUGGCCAGGGCCGCCUGUUCAGCGACGGCUGCUGCCAUCCAGGGCCGGGACCCCUCACUUCGCCUCCGGACAAACAGUACCGUAUGUACCCGUGGAUGAGGGCAUCAGAUCCAACCCGACAGCGGGGCCGGCAGACCUACUCCCGGCACCAGACUCUGGAGCUGGAGAAGGAGUUCCACUUCAACCGGUACCUGAGCCGCAGACGGAGGAUCGAGAUCGCCCACGCCCUCUGCCUCUCUGAGAGACAGAUCAAAAUCUGGUUCCAGAACCGCCGGAUGAAGUGGAAGAAGGACAACAAGGAGUGCAACCAUGUGGAGACGAAGCAGCUCGACACCCAGGUUGAAUCCGGAUAUGGAGACCCCGGCAACGUAGCACCGGUGGAGCCUAAACAUUAAAGACAGAGACAGGGAAAAGGAUCAUCACAAAUGUCGCGGAAAAAAUAAGGGAAACGAUUUCUCCACUUUUCACGCGUGCUUCACAUCCUCGACUAUUUGAGUUUUGAAAUGAUUGUGUGAUUUCCGCAGCGUUCCAUAUUAAAUCCUUAGAAGCUUCACAUCUAAGAAACAAACAUUUUAACUAACUGAAGUAUAUUUUUCUGUACAGCUAUCAACACGGUUUGUCAUGCAUCUGACUGAAUGUAAGCGAACCAACAUUCCUUUGAACGAAAACUACCUAACAUUUACCUUUUUAUACAUUCAACAUCACCCAGAUUGAAAUUAAAGCAGAACAUUUUCUUCCCAAACAGCUGUAAUGCUUUCAACAUAGCAAAUGUAUUGUGCACUGCAUAUAUGUGCCUUGUUUCGAGCCGCAUGCGUGUUUUACUUAAAUAAAAGAUUACUACUGAAUGGAAAUGUAGGUGUUUUAGCUUUGAUGUCCUGCUCAAUAAAUAUGAACGUUAACACGA